AUGUCCUCCAACGAUGGCAGUGCAGGAAACUGGCAGCAAGGAGGAGGAAUGGGCCCGUGCUGCGGCACCCCGACGCCGACGCUGCUCGCCGCGUUGGCAGCGUCCUUCGCCUGCUGCUUCCUCCUCGUCCUCGUCUUCCUCAGCCUGCGCUUCCUCCACCUUCGCCGCACCUGGUCGCGGCGCAACAGUGCACAGCCCCUGCAAGGGCAGGUCCAGGCCCCGCAGCCCAAGAUUGGCCUCGACGCCGCCACCAUCGCGCUCAUCCCGUCUUUCCCGUACCAGCGGGACAGCUCGGCAUCGUCGCCGGCCGAGUGCGCGGUGUGCCUCAGCGUCGUCGACGACGGGGAGACGGUGAGGCAGCUCCCGGCCUGCAAGCACCUGUUCCACCAGGCGUGCGUCGACGUGUGGCUCCUGUCUAAUGCGUCGUGCCCGGUCUGCCGCGGGAAGGCCGAGCCGGCCGCCCGUGCCGAUCGGCAAGAGAGAGCCCCGGCGUCGGCGGCCGUCGUGCCUCUCGAGAUAUUGGACGAAGAGAUGGAGGCUUUCUCAUCGUCGACGUCCGGGCCCGUGACAGAGCGGCCGGGACUGCUCGGCGGGCGGGCCUCCGGAUCCGGCCAGGAAGCAGACUUGGAACAGCAAUAG